UCCCGCUGGGCCCUUAGGGCUGCGACCUCACCGAGGCCACCGGCUGUGCGGGGUUCAGCCGGUUGCCCCUGGCACUCCUCCCGGGGGGGGAGGGGGAGGCUUCCAGGAUUUGAUUGAGGGGAACUGGACUGUAGGGCCCCCAAAUCCUUCCCGUGUGACAGUGUGAAGGCCUGGUGUCCUCUUUCUCCUGUUGGAUACGGGUCUGCUAGGCUGUGAGAACACGAGCCACUUACAUGAAAUGGUUUUCUCUGCUGCCGGCUGGGGCCUUAUGUGGUUAGCAGAACCAACCCGUGAGUGAGAUGCAACGUGGAAGGCUGAGAAGUGAAGGAGGGGUGUCAGUCGCGUCAGGGCUGUCUGGCCGUGAGUUCCAUGAAGAUGGAACAGGCAGGGGGCAGGUCGCUGGUGCCUGCGGCAACCGGUGUGUUCAUGGAGGGGGGCGGGCAGUGCGAGGCGAAGAAGUAGAGACUGUGAGUGUAGACCGCUGCUCCUGGGACCUCUGCUAUGCAGAGGUUUAGACAAGUUGGCAGGUGCUGGAGACACGUGCGGGCUCAGGGGCUGGGGGGGGGGGUCUUUGUCCCUGCAGUGAGGGGUGUACAGGUGUGGCUUUCUGAAAGGGAGACCAUCUACUCACAGGGGAGGGGAGUAGAGCUGCCUGAGCAAGAGCAGACGGAGUGAGGUCCUCCAGUGAAGAACUGUGCUUGGCCCAGAGCACAGCUGAGGGCAGGUGGCCGCGCAGCUCAGCCCCAGACAGAGGGAACGCAGGGGGUGUGGUGCCAGGGCGGCAGGACGGUGGGUUGGGAAAGGGGUGAUCCCAGGGCCUUAUCUUUGAGAGUAGAUGUGUUCUCUUAAACGAGAGGAGGGGUUGAGGCCAGGUUUAUGUCCUUCGAGAACUGGGAGGAGAGAUGAUCCAGAUUCGGGGUGCUCCUGAGUGCAGCGCAGUGCCCCAGGCCCUGUGAUGAGGAUGAUGAUAAUGAUGAGGGGCGGCCACUGUUUGUGGCUGUCCUGUUAGGUGCCACAUGCCGGGCUAGGUGCCCCUGCACCUUGUCCCCGGUCCUCGCGGCCCCGAUGGAGACUGGGGCUCCUUGAGGUGCCAGGACCCAGCUGAGGCUCAGGCUGGGGUCGUGCUCCUCCCACUGCACAGCUCUGCCGUGCGCGAGGAGGAGGGACCCCCUCGUCCAGGUGCAAGGACAAGGGGUAGGUGCACUCAGGUCCCCUGCAAUCAUGGGCUGUCUCUCUAUCCCUCGGCGCCUCCUUCUCAGCUAUAGAGCGGGGUGACGAAGCGCUGCCUUACUGGGUUAUGUGAGGAUCGAAUCCUGUGAUGUGUGGAUUGUGCCCACCCCAGUGCCUGGCAUGGAGACGGCGCGUGCGCCCUGGUACCAGUUGUUCCUGCUCUGGUUCCUGGUUUCUCUAGGCCCGGGUCAGGGUCGGGGGGUGUCUGUUGAUGGUGGAGAGCAGUGGGGCAGGAAGGGGUCAGAGGAGAGUGGCGCCCAAAGGGGUCGGGAGGAGACAGCUGCCAGGACCAUGUGCGAUCACAGGGUGCCCCCAGCGCUGAGCUGAGGUUGGAUACCAAGGGUUUGCGCUCAGCAGCCCCAGGGUGGCGAAGCCCAGGGUGUCCCUGUCUGUGCUGGGAGAGGGGUAGAGCCAGCUCACUGAGCCGUCCAGCCGAGGGGCCCCUCGCCAUCUGUGCUCUCCUGGGGCUCAGUGACCUCCGAUGUAGAACUGACCACAGGCUGUCCUGGCCAUGCCUUUCUCUAGCUAUCCCCGCCCUCCUCUCUGAGGUCCCCAACGACUCCAUGUGAUGGACACCUCAUCCUGACCGCCGGCCCCUUCCUUUGUGCCCGUCAGCUGACCGUGUAGUGACAGAGGAGGAGGAGCCAAGGCUCUCCGUUCCCCCACUGUCCAGGCCUGGUGAGGCCCAAGGCGCUCUGCGGAGAUGAAGUUCGGCUGCCUCUCCUUCCGGCAGCCUUAUGCAGGUUUUGUCUUAAACGGGGUCAAGACCCUGGAGACGCGUUGGCGUCCUCUGCUGAGCAGCCACCGGAACCGUACCAUCGCCAUCCACAUUGCUCACAGGGACUGGGAAGACACCGCAUGGAGGGAGCUGCUGGCGGAGAGGCUUGGAAUGACCCCUGCUCAGAUUCAGGCCUUGCUUCUGGAAGGGGAAAAGUAUGGCCGUGGCGUGAUCGCUGGCGGGCCUUGGUUUCUGGAAGGAAAAACCAUCGUGUGCUUCUCUUUGUGCUCAGGGCUUGUUGACAUUGGGGAAACCGUGCAGUGCCCAGAGGACUUAGCUCCUGAUGAGGUUGUGGCGCUGGAGAAUCAAGCUGUACUGACCAGCCUGAAGCAGAAGUACCUCACUGUGCUUUCAAACCCCAGGUGGUUACUGGAGCCCAUACCCAGGAAAGGCGGAAAGGAUAUCUUCCAGGUAGACAUCCCAGAGCACCUGAUGCCCUUGGGGCAGGACGCCUGGCGAGUGCGGAAGGUUACCGAGAAACCGGCUAAAUCGUGACCCAUCGACUGACCAUCAUGCCGCAGACCUACAAGCCAGGUUCAGUCUGAAUCGGCCCUGCCACUGUGUGCUGUUCGUGGAAACAGGUCUCUCCACUCAGAUGCAGGGGACAGGGCAGCGGGACUUUCCUCGUGAGAUGCCUGUCUGGGCUCGCCGGCAGUCUCCAGGACUUCGACGUUCGGGAUAAAGGGGAAGCGGCCAGUAAGUGUCUUGGUGCCGCCACUACUUGAGUCCUUCUGACUUCCGGGUCGUACAAAGACAUAGGUCUGAAGACGACCGGUUCGUGUUUCCUCCUCUCGUUGUUCUGCUCAGAACUCAUAGGACGUUUGAACAGCAUCCAGGGGACCUUGUGGGAAGGCUGGGAGCAGGCGCUAAAGGGGUGUGCAGGGGUGGCCAGCCACGGGUGCCCCCGUUCACCAUGACGACAGCAUCAGACUGAGACACAGCAUCCGUCUGUUCUUACAAAUGACUCUUGCUCUGUUGUCAAAGCGUCCCUUGGCCCAUGAAGUAUGCGUGUUCGACACAUCCCACAGCUAGCUACUUCAUGGCCAAAGGAAGGAUCCUAAAUACAGCACCGAUGGGAAAAUGAUUAAA